AUGUCAAAUAUUAUCUUCCGGGAUGGUGAAACUGCAGAAACCACAUUCCCAGAAGCCUACCUGGACCCCCAAUCUCUUCAAUCACCCUCUACAGCCCAAGAUGACUCUUCCAACCCUGUUGAGAACUUGGAAGAAAUCAAUCAAAACAUUCUGUUUGGAAUUACUCCUUUUCCUGCCGCCGAUGAUAUUCCCAUGAACGAUAACAACAAGACCACCAAGCUUAGCUUGGCAGUUAUAUUUGUCGUGAUAGAGGAUAGUUCAAGAUGA